AUGACAUCCCAAGCUUGUGAAGAAGGCAGCAAAAGGAGUGGUGGUGUGGUAAGCAGGACGAGAGCCACGCAGGGCACUGAGCUGGGAAUGUGGCUGGGGGUUGCAGUUCUGAUUGCUCUUGCUGGAGGCUUGGCUGGGGAGGAAGGAAUUGAUGAUGAAGGAACUGAUGAUGAAGGAACCCCCUGCUCAAAGUACCAGCAAGCUUUCAACCACUCCUGCUAUGAGUUUGUGAGGCUCCAGCAAACCUUCACAAGUGCCCAGAGCUGGUGUGAGAGAGGAGGAGGGCACCUUGUCUUUAUUCAGAAUGAGGAAACGCAAGAGUUUUUGCAAAAACACAUUGCUGAGGAGCAGGAGUGGUGGAUAGGAUUGAUCUCAAACUCCUCGCCAAAUGAAACUACUCACGGGUCGAUGAUUUGGCUGGACACUUCAAAUGUGAGCUACACUAACUGGUACAAGGAUCAGCCAUCUUCCAUCUCACCCACCUGUGGGUACAUCCUGAAGAAUGCCAAGUAUCAGUGGGGUGUGACUGAAAAUUGCAGCCAGGAAUUUGACUUCAUUUGUGAGUUUGAAUCUGGCCAGAGCAUUGCCUGUGAUAAUUACAAUGCCACUGUACAGUGUGGAUCUGGAGAAGUUAUUGAGAUUGGAGAGAGCUUCUAUGGACGAAGGACCCCUCAUUACUGUGUGUCUGACACUCCUCUCCAAGAGGACACAGAUGAAAGCUGCAGCUGGAGCAGUGUCAAAGAUGAAGUAGCAGGCCAGUGUCACGGUCUCCAGGCCUGCCAGGUGACAGCAGAUGGCACUUUCUUUGGGGAUCCUUGUCCAGCUUGGGGAAGCUAUUUGUCUAUUCAGUACCACUGCAGAGAAGGUCUGCAGCUGGUGGUGACAGAUACAUGUUUUGUCUCUGAAAAUGUCACGGUCAGUCUGAACUGGCUGCUCUCACCAUAUUCUGGCAACCUUUCCUGUACCAUCAGCACUGGAGAUGGUCACACUAUUGAUCCUUACUACCCUCCAACACUGGUCAGCAACAUCACACACAGAUACUCCUCUCCUGGAGAGUUCACUGUCUUUGUGGAGUGCAGCACCAGCGAAUGGCACGUGAUGGCCCAGAGGCAGGUGACAGUCCAGGACAAGAUGGAUCAACUCAGCAUUACUGGGUGCUACAGCCAGCACGGAGCUGGGAGCAGCUCUCCCUGCCAGGCUCUGUAUGGGGAGGUGUUGUGGAUUCAGGUGGAACUCAAUGGAGGCAGCGGAGUGACCUACACUAUGGUAGCAGAUAACAUCACCCUGGCUGAAUCCAGUGCCAAGGAAGGAAUUGCCCCUCACAACCUGACACUGGACAGUGCCUCUCAAGAGCUGCUGGGCCCGGGGACGCAUCAGCUGGAAAUCCGAGCGUCCAGCAGCACCACAGCCUCGGAGAUCUCCGAGACUUUGGCCGUUCACUUAGUGGAGCCAAUAUCUGGUCUUCAGGCUGUGCUGGCUUCCCACACUCUGCAGGUGGGGGACAACAUGGAGGUGAAUGUCUCUGUGCAUCGAGGUGCCCCGGACGAGGUGACGGUUGAGGUGACGGGCUCGAACGAGACUCGCUGUCACACCGAGGAUGGGCCUCGUGGGGAGCCUCGCACCUACCUCGUUCCCACCCACUCGGAAGUAUACCCCAAACCUGAUGGACUGGUCCCACUGCUACUCUUAAGUGGCCAUUUGUCUUCUCCAGGUAUUUUCCUAGUGAAAGUGGUGGCCAAGAAUGCCUUCUCAAACAUGAGUCUGGAUCUUGGAUUCAUCACUGUGUUGGCAAACUCUUCCCAUAAAAGAGAUUCUAAGGAAGAAGGCAGCUACAAAACAAAUAUCCCAAAGGCAAGUGAUCACAAAAGAGAAGCCAAAAUCUAUGUUAGACCGAGUCGCCACGUGGAUCCUUUCACAACUGUUACACUUGGCUGGCCAGACAACACCAGGAAUUCCAGUUUUCUCUGGUCCUGUGGAGCUUGCUGGCCUGCAUGGAAUGAAUGCGUGCUGCAACAGAUCAUCCUAACCAACCAAUCUGAGGUGCAAAUCCCACCUUCCUGCCUUCCUCCUCCGAAAUCAGCAGUGACUGUCAGGAUUACAGUCCAAACCCACGGCGGUGAAGAGAGGCAGGACGAGCAGUGUCUCUACGUGACUGCAAAACAAGAACUGCAGCUGCAAAUCAGGUGUGAGGCAAACUGCAAACCAGUGAAUGUUAGUGAGGAAGUUGUUUUGAGUGUCUCUGGACAGAAGGACUCCCAGGCCAUACAAUAUAACUGGUAUUUGGAUAACACAUCCCAAACCAAGUCUACAGCCCUCCCUCUGGCCUGUGGCCUGACUGGUUUCGGCAGAACUCUGAAUUUGCUUCAAAGCAACACAUCCGUGUUGAGAAUGAACAGCUCCUUCUUGCAGACUCAGGGAGAAGCUUUUCAGAUUAAAGUAACAGCAGUGACUCAGCGCCGCUACGGGGAGGGGCUGUACCUUGUCAGCACCGUGUCCCCGCCCGCCAUCCCCGCCUGUGCCGUGUCACCCGAGCGGGGAGCCGUGCUCUCCACCUUCAGAGUCUCCUGCAGCGCUCCCGGCGUGGUGGAUCCCUCCCAGAGCGGUCCCAACAGGCAGCUCACCUACUGCUUCUAUCUGAAACCGAAUUCUCUCCUGGACUGCAGCCCAGAUCCUGAACUCUUCCCAGUCUAUCUUCCACUUGGAGAAGAGGAGAAUAACUUUACUGUACAUCUGACAAUUACUGUUAGCAACAGCUUUGGUGACACGGUUCAAACAAACGCUUCAGUGAAGGUUGGACCUGCAGAUGGGAUGGAUGGGAACCUGACCCUGCAGGGCAUGGUGUCUGAGAAGGCAAACACCAUCCUGAGAGAUGGGAACAGCAGCAUGAGCCUUUUCCAGCUGUACAAAUCAGUGACAUCUGUCCUUAACCAGCAGAGCCAAGAGGAAAGCUUUAACACGUCUUUACAGACAAACACACGAAAAGAGCUCCGAGGGCUGAUGCUGACAACUCUCUCUGCUGUUAAUGUAACAUCAGUGCAGGCUGCUCUUAAGAUGUCAGAGGUGUUGAAAGAAAUCACUUACAGGAGUGAGGAGCUGUCUGUCUCAGCACAGGUGGAAGCCAGCAACACUCUGAAAGAUGUCAGUGCUUCCCUGCUGGCUGUGAACCCUGAGGACAGCAGAGAUGACGAGAACUUAAAGGAAGCAGCCAACCACCUGUUUAAUGCAGUGAGCAACGUCCUUAAAGCUUCUGCAGAAAUCAGAGCUGUGAACUCUUCAGUGCCAGAGGCAGACCAGAUUUCGGUGUCACACCAGCUCCUGAGUACAGUGGAAAAUCUCCAGAGUGCCCUCCUGUUUGGGAAAGCCCCGGAUGGUGAACCCACAGUGCUCACCACUCCUUCUGCCACAAUGUACAUGCACAGAUUACAAACAGAAAACAUGGAUGGCACGUCCAUUAACAUCUCCAAUUCCAGCUCUGCCAGCUUUACUCUCCCAUCUGCUUCCUCUCUCAGUGUUUCAGGACUUGGUGAUGAAACAGUGGACAUAAGGAUGGUGAGCUUUGCUGUGAAUCCCUUUUUCUCCAGUGACACCAGCUUUGACAUCAGUGGAACAGUGGGGGGUCUAAGUCUUACUGGUCUGGAUGGCUUGGUCAUACCAGUCAGCAACCUCAAAGAGAACAUUGAAAUCAUGUUACCGAGGCUUUCAGCAACUCAGGAAGAUAAGAUUCUGUUGAAUCUGGGCAAUUACAGCACUUUCCAAGUCAAUGUUACCUCAGAUAACACAUCUGUAGUGAUCCACCUGGAAUCUGAACACGACAUCCCACUAAUCCUCUACCUGGGGUACGGUUAUCGCCCAAAUGAGACUAAUUAUGAUAUGAAAACCCAUCUGUUCUCUAAGAAAGCUGCUGGAGGUGAGACCAACACCUGGGUUCUCAGCCCAGCAGAACUCAUUUUCGGAGAAGGGACCUACUAUUUCACGGUUUUGCAAGAUGUGGGAAUGGAUUCCGCAGUCCAUGCCGGGCUAACCGUGGGUGUCACUUGCUUUGCAUCCCGCUGUGUAUUUUGGGAUGAGCGCCAGGGGAGCUGGAACAGUCAUGGAUGUCGUGUAGGGCCAAAAACAAAUCCUAGAAGCACACAGUGCCUGUGCAACCACCUGACUUUCUUUGGGAGCUCCUUCCUCGUCAUCCCCAAUGCCAUAGAUGUCAGCAAAACUGCACAGCUCUUUGGCACAUUUGUGGAAAAUCCUGUGGUGGUGACAACUGUAGGAUGCAUCUUUCUGAUAUAUGUGCUGGUGGUUAUUUGGGCUCGAAGGAAAGACAUCCAGGAUGAUGCCAAAGUGAAAAUCACGGUCCUGGAAGACAAUGACCCCUUUGCUCAGUACCGGUACCUGGUGACAGUUUUCACAGGACACCGCCGUGGGGCAGCCACAACCUCCAAGGUGACUCUCACCCUCUAUGGAGUGGAAGGAGAGAGUGAGCCCCACCAUCUAACUGAUCCUGAUACACCUGUGUUUGAACGUGGAGGAGUGGAUGUUUUCCUUCUCUGCACCUUCUUCCCUCUUGGGGAACUGCAGAGUAUUAGACUGUGGCAUGAUAACUCAGGGGAUAGUCCGUCCUGGUAUGUGAAUCGAGUAUUAGUCCAUGAUCUGGCAUGGGAUCAGAAAUGGUACUUCCUCUGUAACUCCUGGCUAGCCAUUGAUAUUGGAGAAUGUGUCCUAGAUAAAGUGUUCCCAGUAGCUACAGAACAGGACAUGAAGCAGUUCAGCAAUCUGUUUUUCAUGAAGACCUCCAGAGGUUUCCAGGACGGCCACAUCUGGUACUCGGUUUUCAGCCGCUGCCCACGCAGCUCCUUCACGCGCGCCCAGCGUGUGUCGUGUUGCUUCUCGCUGCUCCUGUGCACCAUGCUGACCAGCAUCAUGUUCUGGGGCGUGCCCAAGGACCCAGCCGAGCAGAAAAUGGACCUGGGUAAGAUCGAGUUCACGUGGCAGGAAGUGAUGAUUGGCUUGGAGAGCUCCCUCCUCAUGUUCCCCAUCAACCUGCUCAUUGUGCAGAUCUUCAGGAACACGCGACCCCGGCCAGCCAAGCAGGGCACAGAGAAGAGGCCGGGGAAGAAUGGCCGAGUGUCCCCAGGCGUACCCCCCACCCCAGAGGCCACCCAGGCCGCCUCACUCACUCCAGAGGCUGUGACAAAGGACAUAAGGAGAAUUGCCAACUCACUCUUUAAAGCCCUGAAGACUCCACCUCUCACCUCAGCAUCAGAUCUUGGAAAAGCAACAAACAUCAACACCCUUCUGUCGUUGGUUGAGGAUGUCAUCUGCCAGCAGAACAGAGCUGGGCAAGGGUUUUACGACAGCAGCAAGAAGGAUGGCCCUGUAAUCAUCACUUUAGGUUCUGUGGAUAUGCGAGAAAAAACAAGAAGCCCAACUCCAGAGAGGAGAAUCUGUGAGCGACCGAAACACGGUGAUUACAAUCGCUGCUUGUAUACACAACUCCAGCAGGUGGAGAUGGAGCUGGAGUUACUGGGCCCCCAUAAAUUCCAGCUGCCUCAGAGCUACACCCAAGCUGUUCAUCAGGUUCAGCACAUGAAGAGCCUCCUGGAGCAGCGAAUGUGCUCGUGGUCCCUUAGUCCAGACUUCCCUGGUGAUGACAAGAAGAGUGUUUCUUCCAAAGGGCUGCCCUGGUGGUUUGUGUUCAUUGGGUGGUUCCUGGUGGCAGCCACCAGUGGUGUGUCUGGGUUCUUCACCAUGCUCUAUGGGCUGCACUACGGCAAGGACAACUCCAUCAAGUGGCUGAUCUCCAUGCUCAUCUCCUUCUUGGAAAGCCUUUUCAUCACCCAGCCCUUAAAGGUGCUGGGAUUUGCUGCUUUUUUUGCUCUGGUUCUGAAGAAGGUGGAACAUGAGGAUGUAGAAAACCCGGCUAUUGAUGGGCCUUUAUCUGCACCAGGUGAUUCACACCCUCUCUUAGGAGCCCGAAGGGACAGUAGAAGCAACAUUUACCAGCCACCUCCCGCAGCUGAUGUGGAGAGAAUGAAAAUCAGCUGCAUGAAGGAGCAGAAAGCAUUUGCCCUCAUCCGAGAAAUCCUGGCCUAUGUUGGGUUUUUGUGGAUGCUGUUACUGGUUGCCUACGGGCAGAGAGACCCCAACUCCUACUAUUUGAACAAGCACAUUGAGGACAGCUUUACAGCUGGAUUCCACCGUGUCUGCAGUUACCAGGAUUUCUUCACCUGGGCAAACACCACCUUACUCAAAAACCUUUAUGGAUCAUAUAAAGGAUUCAUCACGGAUGGCAAUUCCAAGCUGGUGGGCAGUGCUCGAAUCCGCCAAGUAAGAGUGAAGGGAGACACCUGCCCUAUUUCUCCCAGACUCCAGCAUGUGGUUGAGCAGUGCCAUGCUCCCUACUCCCUACACACAGAAGAUACAUCAGUUUAUGGGGAACACUGGAAUACUUCAGCCUUUGAUAACUCCUCUGACCUGAGCUCAGCGUGGCAGUAUCAGAGCCAGUCCAAACUGAGAGGGCAGCCCAGCUGGGGUAAACUGGCCAUCUACAGUGGAGGGGGAUACGUGAUUCACCUGGGAACAGAUCCUGGGAAUGCCUCCAGAAUUCUCCAGUACCUUUUCGACAAUGUCUGGCUGGACACCUUCACCAGAGCAGUGUUUGUUGAAUUCACAGUCUACAAUGCCAACGUGAACCUGUUCUGCAUCAUAAGCCUGAUGUUUGAGAGCAAUGCUUUAGGGGCCUUCUUCACAAGUGCAGAGCUGCAGAGUGUCCGGCUUUACCCCUACACCAACAGCCUCCACCUCUUUGUGGUUGCAGCAGAAGUGAUUUAUUUCCUCUUUAUUGUGUACUACAUGAUAGUGCAGGGAAAACUGAUGAAGAGUCUGAGAUGGAGAUAUUUCCAGAGCAAGUGGAAUCUCCUGGAGAUGGCCAUUAUACUGAUUAGCUGGAGUGCUCUGUCGGUGUUUGUGAAGAGGACAAUCCUUGGGACCCGAGACAUCAGUUACUACCAGGAACACAAAGAGAACUCUGUGAGCUUCAGCGAGACAGCGAGAGCUGAUGCAGUCCUUGGCUACCUGAUCGCCUUCCUGGUGCUCCUCUCCACAGUGAAGCUGUGGCACCUCCUCAGGCUCAACCCUAAGCUAAACAUGAUCACCUCAGCACUGAGGAGGGCGUGGGGGGACAUCUCUGGAUUCCUCACUGUGAUUGCAAUCAUGUUCCUGGCCUAUUCCAUUGCUGCAAACCUGAUAUUUGGCUGGAAGCUCUACUCUUACAAAACUCUCUUUGAUUCAGCAGAGACCAUGGUCAGUCUUCAGCUGGGAAUCUUCAACUAUGAAGAGGUCUUGGACUACAAUCCAAUUUUAGGCUCCUUCCUAAUUGGAUCCUGCAUCAUUUUUAUGACAUUUGUGGUACUGAAUCUGUUCAUUUCGGUGAUUCUGGUUGCUUUUAGUGAGGAGCAGAAGCACUACCAGGCUUCAGAAGAAGAGGAGAUCGUUGAUCUCAUGCUAAUGAAACUCUUCAGUUUCUUCGGGAUUAAAUGCAAGAAGGAAGAGAAGCCACUCACUGAGGGGCAGCUGGAGCAACCUGUCAGCGAGUGA